UCAAAGCCUGCGCCUCGAGUCCUCGUCGAGUUCAGCGUACACCGCGCAGGAGUUUGCCUCGUCGAAUCCUCGAGUUCAAUCUGUAGUUUGCCUUGUCGAUUUUCUACUUCCGAUGAAAUUGAUCGUUCGACGGAUUCAUAGAUUAAAUCUCGACUGAGAAUUUUGUGCGGUGAAGGAAGAGAACCGAGAGCAAUCGGAAAUGGGGUUUCUCCAUCUUCCCAUUGACGUUGCCCUGAAAAUUGCUUCUUCCCUCCAGGCAUCGGACAUUUGUGCUUUGGCCUGUUGCUCGCGGUUGUGUAGGGAAAUCUGCGAUCUCGAUUGUCUGUGGGAAUCUCUGGCGAGAGAGAGAUGGCCGUAUAUCAAUGCUUCUUCGUCUUCUGGUUCGUCUUCAUCAACUCUCGCGAAGCCUCCCAUCUCCACGGGAUGGAGAAACUUUUACAUCCGGAAGCAUAUUGAGAUAUCAGGAAAAGCUAAAGCAGCUGUCAAGUUUAUAGAACAAUGUUCUCCUUCGACCCCGAUCGAGGCUGGAGACUAUCAUAGAGCAAUUGCAGGCUUGUGGGAUUUGAAGCUCAGUUUUGUAGAUGUUCAAAUGGUGCUUUUCAAACCCCAGCUUAAUGAGCUGCUGAACUUGGUUGGCUUACACUACUGUAAAAAUUGGCUUCAAGUCCCUCUUCUGGCAGGCAAAUCAAGUCAUGGAAGCACUUCUAAGUCACAAGAUUUCAGAGAAGCAUGUAUAUGUGAAAUGGUGGAAGCUGGGAAGAUGGUUUUAUGGCUUCCGCAUGAGAGACGAACAUCAGACUCGUCGAGUCUCUCUGGCCGAACUUAUAGCCGCAGAAGGGGAGGAUAUUCUCGGGGUGCUUAGCCGAGGUGCUGUUCACGAGGUACUCCGGGUUCAGAUUGCUGCAGUGAAUUUGCUAUUGCAGCUGCCUUUGAAUGCAUAAUCAAUCUCUAAAGAGCUCCAGGAAAAGUAGCAGUGAAUCAAAAGGGUACGCCUUUGUAAGCUUCAUCGUGAUCAUUAGGCCCGUUUGAUAAUGUAUCGGUUUCUUGUUUCUUGAACAUUUUUAAUUUUUAGAAACAGAAGCAUUCGAGCACUAUUUUUGUUUUUUAUUUCUCAUUUUUAUGGAACAUUCUCAAACUUACGUAGAAAUCUGUAAACAGCACAGUAAAGUUUCUUGUUAA